AUGGACGACGAGAUCAGCAUGUACCCGCCUCUCGGCGGCCCGGAGCCUGAGCCCUUGUCGCGCCCAGAUUCGACCUCUUCACUGGCCUCCCUCGCCCAUCUGUCGAGCAUUUCCGCCCUCGCCACCGCCGACGGUGUUGCAGCGCUGGAUGGUUCACCCCAAGCCAGCGCUGAGCACCUCACUCAACCGCCACACAACAUGCAGCAACAUGAGCAGCACGAGCAGCAACCGCAACCACAACAGCAACCGCCACAACAGCAGCAAGUGCAACAUCAGCAGGAUCAACAGCAAGCCCAACAACAACAGCAGCAGCAGCAGCAACAACAUCAUCAACAGCAGCAACAUCAACAGCAACAACAACAGCCGCUGCCACAUCAGCAACUGGACCAGGGCUUCUCUCACGCCGCCCCUGCUUCACAUCCCAUUCAGUCCCCUGCUGUUCGAGCCAAGAAUGAUGCCGGCCUGUCGACAAAGCCUGUAUGCUUCAACUGCGAAACCUCCACCACACCCUUGUGGCGUCGCGACGAUGAGGGCAAGGUUCUGUGCAACGCCUGCGGUCUCUUCCUGAAGCUGCAUGGACGCGCGCGGCCCAUUUCCCUGAAGACCGAUGUCAUCAAGAGUCGCAACCGAGUCAAGACAAUGCGCCCUGAUCUUGCGACAAAAAAGAAGCAGCAGCAGCAAGCCCAGCAACAGGCGCAACAUCAUGCCUACCUUGGCGGCGAUCACAACGGCUUCGACAUGAAUUCACAGACUGGUGGCAUCAACUCGGCGGGCCCCCGGCAGACGCACAAGAACGGCGACGGCCACUCCCCCGGCUCGCGCGGCGAUACGCCGCUGUACAACCCGGCCGCCAUGCCCGUUUUCCAUGGCUUCGAUGAGGCGCAGCUGCAGUCGACCGCGCUCUCUGGCUUCAACAUGUCCGGCACGCCGCCCAAUCGCACUGGAUCGCCCCUUAAUGGAGACCGCCCUAUCGAUGCCCCUCAGACGCACGAGCAAUUGAUUGCUGCCAAUUCAGCGCUCAGCACCAGAGUACGCGAGCUAGAGCUCAUCAACGAGCUUUUCCGCGGACGACUGGGUCAGCUUGAACAGGACGAGGCGACUGCUAGACGUGGUCAGGAAAUCAGCGGUCAGGCAGAGACACAGCUGCGUGGCCAGCUGGAAGAAAGUCAUCGCCGAGAAAACAGUCUCAAACACCGUCUCGACGUGCUGGAACAGGAGCUUGCCAACAUCAAGACCGGCAUCGUUGACGCCAGCCCUGACGACGAACUCGUCCACAAGAAGCCACGCCUCUCGGAGCCUGUGGAACAGGCCGACGAGCCAGAAGCCAGAUUUGAUAUCCCCGACGGCAUGACAACUGAUGAGCCAGUCAUGCAAACUGAUUCCGCCGAUGUGGACGACUCUGCCGCUGCUGACGUUGCUGCUGCCGCCGAUUUGGCCGACGCCGAAGAGGCUGCAGCCGCCGCAGCCGCGGCCGCUGCCGUAGCCGUUGUCGCCAAGUCCGAGCCUGUUGCAGAGGCGGCACCGGCUGAACCUGUCGUUGACGAGCCCGCAACCGCCACUGCAUAA